AUGAAAGCAAAUGGCUUUAGUUUUGAUAUAAUAGCUACUUUUAUGGCGGAAUUUGUUGUUUCAAAAAUCUUUUUGGCUAAUGAGCUGCUACUUAUUAUUAUGUUAAUAAGUCUCGAAAAACUGUUUUCGUUUAAUGAGCUUAUGAAAAAGAAUAAAACUGGACUUAAGAAUAAUAACGAUAAUAGUGAUACAAAUGGAGAUGAUGAUAAAGAUGAUGACGAUAACUAUGAUGGUUACAUGUACGAGGAAAAUGAUGAUUCAGGCGAUGACGGAGAUUUAUCUGAUGAAUCAGAAAGUGAUGAUGAUGAAGAUUCUGGGGACGAUUUUAUGCCUCCCAACAAAGGGAAUGAUGGCGAUGACGACGACGACGAUGACGACGACGACGACGACGAUAGUGAUGAUGGGGAUGAUGAUGAGAGCGACGACGACGACUACGAUUAUGAAGAGGAUGAGGAUGAUGAGGACCUGCCACCUGCUAAGAAGAGAAAAUAA